GAUCGCUCAAACAUUUGAAGAUGAUCUUAGAAAUAUCCACACUCCCGAAGAUAAUUCAAGUGACAGACGUUUGGUUCACAAAACCAACACGCAGACAGUCUGCAGAGCCGCCUCUAUACCCAGUCAGAUGACGACGUUUGGUUUUCGCAGCAUUCCAGAGCAUCCAGAACCACUGGUAGCAGGUACAGUGAAGCUGUUGUUGACAACAAACGGCCUGUACAACGACGUAUCUGACGUACUUCAGUGGUAACUCAUGCGCGUACCAAACCGAAUAUAAUUACGUAAACUCUGCACAUAUGCAUUUGAACCGAAGUUUGUUCUUUGCAUCCGACCAAAACCUUCACAGCUUUUGCUUCGUCGAGUCAGACUUGUACCUACUGAGUCUUCUGAGAACUGGAGAUUGGAUCGUGUCUUCUCCGGAAGAAAUCUUCAGCCUUGGCUCCGUACACAUGUUCCUCAAGUUCUGACCUCUUAUGCGGUGGUCUUCGAAACCUCUUCCGAACUAUCUGGUAAGAUCAAAUCUACAGCAGAGAUCAUUCAGGACAUGUCAACGAUUACUUACUUAGAUAGGGAGUCUGAGUGGGUGGCCGUGAAGCAAUCCUUGCUCUGAGAGUCACUGUCGAGUGCUUCGUUCUGCAACUUCGUUCAUCGAUCGCCGCUGCUCUGCAUUCAAGAGUCAAGAGUUGAACACAUGCACGCGCAGUGAUGUCGAUGCAUCAUCAAUGCUACACCCUUCGUAUAGCCAGCUCGCAAACGUACGAUGGCAUAUGAAUCUCACAGGUCUAGAUCUUAGACCCAGUCAAUCAUUCAUACUGAUACAAAGCGACUUGGGAAAGUCCAGUAUGUAUUUCACAGUUAUAUACUGACGAGCGUCGACAAGCCCAGUGUCCAGUUUACAGCCUGAUACUGAUCACGAAUAAACAGCUGUGGGUACAACAAAAAGCACGUACAUUGUACAGCGGUAGGUGAGUAGAUAUCGUAAGGAUUGCAACCACGCACCUACCCGUGAUGAAGUGAGGUGACAUGCAGGGCGAGAAUUUUAAGGUUGUGAGGUGCCUAUAAUACAUGGACACAGAACUUACGCAAUGUGCGCUUUGCUGGAUCUCAGCUUAGAGAAAAGAUUGAUACGUAGAUAAUUUUUUCGUGCAAGGUCGUCGUCGAGGCUCCUGAAGACGGUGUCCUUGACUCCCGUUGUUCCACACUCACGUUCAUUACGCACCUCAUUGCUAAAGAUCUAGAUCGGCACAACAUGCAGUUAAUGUGCACAGUUCUCGCCAUGUUUUUUGUGCAAGUAUCUUCGUUCCUGCUCUUAGCCCGAUAUACAAGGAGGGCAUGCAUAUGCAGGACUAGAUGUAUGCAGUACCUUUCGGUUAGAUUUUCAAUUCACACAUAUUAAAGGCAAGACCUCCUGAUCGGAAAUAAUGAAGAAUCGUUCUCAAGUUCCCGAAGGACUUUAAGUCGGUCAAUAAUCACCCAUGGUUUAAACGACGUGUGUACUAAAUUGUGAGUCUUCACGUCAGCUCUUAUGUGGAUGAAGAAGUGAUUAAGGCUUGAGUAACGGACAUUAUAAUGCAAAUAUAGUUACCACUUUCAAAUUCUU